GGCUGCAAAAUUGCACUAAAAUUUCAUUUCUUCUAAGACAAUAUAAUUUCUGGGUUAUAACAUUGCAACAAGAAAUGGGAUCGUUAUCUAUCAUUGAUGCACCAUUGAAGUAUCCAAAAGCACGACGCGAUGAGUCUCUUGUAGAUUACUACCAUGGUACUCCUGUUUCCGAUCCUUAUAGAUGGUUGGAAGAUCCGGAUUCAGAAGAAACUAAAGAAUUUGUGAAGAGUCAAGUGGAACUCACAGAAUCUCUGCUUAAACCUUGUGUAAUAAGGGAGAAGAUUAAGGGAAGGUUGAAGGAGGUUUUCGAGUUUGAGAGGUUUCAAGUGCCUUUCAAACGCGGUGACAAAUACUUUUUCUUCCACAACAAAGGUCUUCAGCCCCAAGAUGUGCUCUAUGUUCAGGAUAGUUUGGACGGUGAGCCAAGAGUGUUGCUUGAUCCAAAUGAGCUUAGUAAGGAUGGAACCGCGUCUCUCCACAUUUGUGCAGUAAGCGAGAAUGCUCAGUACUUGGCAUACGGCCUAAGCACUUGUGGAAGUGAUUGGAUUACCAUAAAGGUUAUGAGUGUCGCGGAUCAGGCUUCCCUACCUGAUACUAUAAGAUGGGUCAAGUUCAGUGGUCUCGCUUGGACUCAUGAUAAUAAAGGAUUUUUCUACAGUCGAUAUCCUGCCCCUAAAGGAGAGUGCACAGGUUGUGGCACUGAAACGAAUAUAAAUCUGAAUCACGAACUAUAUUAUCAUGUUCUUGGUACGGAUCAGUCUGAAGAUAUUCUAUGCUGGAAAGACCUUGAGCAUCCUAGAUACAGAUUUUACCCUCGUGUAACUGAUGAUGGAAAGUAUCUUCUUCUGCAAAUUGAGGAAAACUGUGAAGAAGUGAACAAACUCUACUAUCUAAAUCUUUCUUCCCUUCUACAUGAUGGCCUAAGAAGUGCCCAAGAUGCCAAUGGUUUGCUUCCUUUUACAAGACUCGUUGAUGACUUAGAUGCACUUUAUCACUAUGUUGCUAAUGAUGAUACCAAGUUUACUUUCAAAACAAACAAGAAUGCUCCGAGAUGCAAGCUAGUAUGUGUUGAUCUAAAUGAACCGGAUGUUUGGAUUGAUGUCCUUCCAGAAUCUGAAAAGGAUGUACUUGUAUCAACUGAGGUUGCUAAUAAAACCCAACUUAUUGUGUGUUAUCUGAGAGAUGUGAAGCAUGUGCUAGAGAUCAGAGACCUUCAGACAGGGGCUUUCCUGCAUCAUUUACCUAUAGACAUUGGCACAGUUAGAAUUAGUGCUAGGCGGAAUGAUAGUACCGUGUUUAUAUCUUUUACUAGCUUCCUUACCUUCAACAUAACAUACCAUUGUGACUUAGCAACAGAAGUUCCAGAAAUGAAGAUAUUUCGAGAAAUUUCUGUUCCCAAUUUUGAUCGCGCUGACUAUAAGAUUGAUCAGAUAUUUGUACCCAGCAAGGAUGGCACAAAGAUACCAAUGUUCGUAGUGGCUAGAAAGGAUGUAGUUUUAGAUAAAUCGAAUCCAUGUUUACUAUAUGCCUAUGGUGGAUUUAACGUUAGUGUAACACCGGGUUUUAGUGUCAUCCGUACCGUUCUUCUGAAACACUUAGGUGCCAUCUUCUGCAUUGCAAAUGUUCGUGGUGGUGGGGAGUAUGGUGAAGAGUGGCAUAGAGAAGGCACCUUAGAAAGAAAACAAAACUGCUUCGAUGACUUCAUCUCUGCAGCAGAGUUUCUUGUCUCGAAUGGUUAUACACAACCUUCAAAGUUGUGCAUCGAAGGUAGAAGCAAUGGCGGUCUCUUAAUUGGUGCUUGCAUAAAUCAGAGGCCAGAUCUUUUUGGUUGUGCUUUGGCUCAUGUCGGUGUCAUGGACAUGCUUCGAUUUCACAAAUUUACUAUUGGUCAUGCAUGGACUGCGGAUUUUGGUUGUUCAGAAAAAGAGGAAGAGUUUAAUUCAUUAAUUAAAUAUUCACCACUUCAUAAUGUUAGAAGGCCAUGGGAAAAUUCUUCUGGCCGGUACAUACAGUAUCCAGCAACAAUGCUACUGACUGCUGAUCAUGAUGACCGUGUUGUCCCGUUGCACUCACUUAAGUUGUUAGCAACUAUGCAAUAUACACUAUGUACAAGCUUGACAAGAAGUCCGCAGAUUAAUCCAAUAGUAGGGCGGAUCGAAUGCAAGGCUGGUCAUGGAUGUGGACGUCCAAUACAUAAAGAGAUUGAUGAAGCUGCUGAUAGGUACAGUUUUAUGGCUAAGAUGGUGGAUGCUUCAUGGAAUGACUAUUAAUAUGGUCCUCAACAUCAUCAUUAAUGGAUCGAUUUUAUUUAUUUUUUUCUUUUCUUUUAUGAUGUAUUAUAAUGAUAUUAAUAUAUGCUAUCUAUAUAUUAAGGACAUCAUUUUGUCCUAAGCUACUUGGGAUCUCAAUAUCUCAUAUAUAUGGAGGCGUGGAUCAAAUUUAAACAUGAUUCAUAGAAUUUUGUACACAAUUAACAUGCACAAGAAUAUGAAUGAAGAGUUAUUU